UAUUGCCAAUUCAUUCCAGGUACCAGAGUGCAGAUGUGGGCAACUUCUUGAGCCAGUCACUCCUGGAGUCACAGUACCACUACCAGACCUCCAUCGAGGAGAGCGUCGUCGUCAUUUACGACACAAAGAAGUCCGCCAGGGGCUUCUUAACUCUGAAAGCUUACAGACUGACUCCUCAGGCUAUUGCCAUGUAUAAAGAAGGUGAUUACACACCGGAGGCGCUCCGCAACCUCAAGAUUGGCUAUGAGAGUUUGUUUAUCGAAGUGCCAAUCGUGAUCCGCAACUCUCCGCUCACAAAUAUUAUGAUGUCAGAGUUGCAAGAGAUGAUCCCAGACGAAGAGGGAUCCAAGUUUUUGGACCUCGGCACCGCAUCAGUGCUUGAAGGUCAACUUCGGAGCCUAAUGGAGCGCGUAGACGAGCUGAAUCAAGAAGCUAUCAAGUUCAACCGCUACCAGCAGUUGGUGGUCAGGCAGCAGCAAGACAAGCACCGCUGGAUGGUGAAGAGAGCGCAGGAGAACGCAGCCAGGGCCUCUAAGGAUGAACCGCCUCUACCUGAAGAAGACGUAAACAAGCUGUUCAAGCCGCUCCCAGUGCCGCCAAGACUGAACCCGAUGAUCGUGGCGGGGCAGAUCAACACUUACAGCCAGCACAUCAGCCAGUUCUGUUCGCAGAGCCUCGCCAAGCUCUACCUUACCCAGGCGCUGCAGAACGCCAAGGAGGCCAAGCAGACCAACUGAUUUAUCAAAUUAAAUUGAUUUUAUUGUCACAA